AACUGAUAAUGAAGCGAGUUUAUCGGAGGCGUUGAAAAUAAAUCGGAGAAAAUGUUUUUGGUGAAAUUCGUUAUGAUCGAGAGCCCAAUAAAUUCGAUGCUGGACAACCGCCAAUUGGAAUAAUAUUUGUAAAAAUGAUAAUAUUCCUGCGCUAACGAUUCUCAGAGUCGAGCGAGAAUUCUGGAAUCGCGAUGGUGAUUAACCUCCCCACACUCGUGAACGGACGUUUUUCGGAAGACCUCACCGGCAAAAUCGGACCGUUACCUUCCAAUAUUACCAAACACUUGAACGACUACUGGCACUUCUUCAAGUCGCUUCAUAAUAAAACGUACGUGGGAAAAUGCGAAAUGCGGAGACGAAUGGCUUGGGAGGAUAACAUACUGAAAAUUUAUCGACACAAUUUACUCGCAGCUGCGGGACACCACUCCUACACUCUCCGCGAUAAUCAUCUUUCUGAUCUCGGCACGAAACAGUACAUACGUCAACUGGUGAGAUUGAUUCCGAGUCGUCGUCGGCGCGUCAGCGAUGACCCGAUGGUAGCAGCGGUGCUGCACGAUCCUCGAUCGAUUCCAACUCAUCUCGACUGGCGAGAAAAAGGCUUCGUGACUGAGCCCGUAAAUCAACGGGAUUGCGGCAGCUGCUACGCUUAUUCGAUCAUCGGAAGUAUAGAAGGUCAGAUUUUCAAAAAAACAGGAAAAAUAGUGCCACUGAGCGCGCAGCAGCUCGUUGACUGCAGCACGAGCACCGGGAACGUCGGAUGUGCCGGAGGAUCUCUGAGAAACACCCUGAAAUAUCUCGAGAAAUCCUGCGGAAUUAUGGCUCAAAAAGCUUAUCCUUACAAGGCCAAGGAAGGUCGAUGCCGAUAUAACGAGGACAUGAGUGUGGCUAAUGUUACGUCAUGGGCUAUUUUGCCAGCCCGGGACGAACGAGCACUCGAAGCUGCCGUUGCCACGAUCGGACCAAUAGCCACUUCGAUUAACGCCAGUCCGAAGACCUUUCAACUCUACCACCAAGGAGUUUACGACGAUCCGAACUGCAGUUCCGAUCUCGUUAAUCACGCGAUGCUGAUCGUCGGUUAUACGCCGAACGAAUGGAUCCUGAAGAAUUGGUGGGGCGACAGCUGGGGUGAGAACGGUUACAUGAGGCUGAGGAAGGGCAGGAAUCGGUGCGGGGUCGCGAACUAUGCAUCGUACGCGAAAGUUUGAAGAAAAACCUGGAGGUUUAUCCGAGUCUACUUUUUACUUUUCCCAUAAAUUUUGUUAUACGUUUUUUUUACGGAGAAUAAUAAAACGGCUGU